UCUGCUGAAAGUGUGUGCAGGUGCAAUACUAGUGUACCGCACGUUUGUGACUGACAGCACACAAAUCGACCCGUCGGCUUAACUCAGUGUAGUUCUGUGGCUGGCUUAGCAGAGCUGCGAAGACACUUAACAAUUUGUGCUCGAAGAACGCCCCAUCACUUCCAGUCCACCACCUUCUUAAUUUUGUUGCUUUCUUUGACGAAGUACGAUGACAGCAACACAGAUCCAGAAACUUAGCUCAUUGUCACUGCAGUGUGCACGGCUGUGUCUGAUUGCCAGGAAUGGUACCCUAAGUUUGCGAUCAUUAUGCACAGCAUCCACCAAACGAAAUGAAGACUAUGACGUGUGCAUCGUUGGUGGAGGUAUUGUGGGACUUGCAGCAGCUAAGGAGCUGAUCGAAAGACACCCUCACCUGAAAUGUGCUGUGGUCGAAAAGGAAAAGCGACUGUCCAUGCACCAGAGCGGCAACAACAGCGGAGUCAUCCAUGCUGGCAUUUACUAUCUACCGGGUUCUCUCAAAGCUAAGCUAUGUGUUGAAGGUGCGGCGCUAACCUACAAGUACUGCGAUGACAAUAACAUACCAUACAAAAAGUGUGGCAAGUUAAUAGUUGCUGUCCAGCCCGUGGAGAUCCCCAGACUUGAGGCAUUGUAUGAACGCGGUCAGAAGAACAAUGUGAAAGAUAUGCGGAUGAUUGGUCCUGAGGAAAUCAAAGAGAUGGAGCCACACUGUCGAGGGUUAAAGGCCAUCAGCUCCCCUCACACGGGCAUCCUUGAUUGGGGAGAGGUCGCUAGGUCGUUCGGGGAUACGUUUGCUAAGAGAGGAGGACACGUCUUCACUGAGUUUGAAGUCAAAGGAUUUCACAUGACGCAAGAAGGUGCUGAAUACCCAGUGACAAUCAGGAGCAGUCAAGGGAAAUCUCUUCGGUGUCGUUACGUCUUGACGUGCGGGGGCCUGUUUGCAGAUCGGUUGGCCCAACUCUCUGGCUGUAAUCCUGUCCCAAGGAUCGUCCCUUUCAGAGGGGACUACCUGCUACUCAAACCAGAGAAAAACCAUCUUAUCAGAGGCAACAUCUACCCUGUACCGGAUCCUAAGUUUCCAUUUCUGGGCGUUCACUUCACUCCUCGCAUCGACGGCAGCGUGUGGCUGGGGCCCAAUGCUGUCUUGGCUUUCAAGAGGGAGGGAUACAAUCUAACAGACUUCAACCUCAGAGAUACGAUAGAUGCACUGAGCUUCCGUGGCCUGCGGAAGUUGAUGUUCAAGCACAUGGUGUUCGGCAUGGGAGAAAUGUACAAAGGGGUGGUCAUUGCUGCACAGGUCAAGCAACUCCAGAGAUUUGUGCCGGAGCUGAGACUGCAAGACGUCACACGGGGUCCCUCUGGAGUAAGAGCUCAGGCCUUGGAUCUUGAAGGCACCCUUGUUGACGACUUUGUCUUUGAUGGUGGUGAGGGCGCUAUUGGAAGCCGUGUUCUUCAUGUGCGUAACGCCCCCUCACCUGCAGCUACGUCGUCCCUGUCCAUCGCCAAGAUGAUCAUAGACAAAGUGGAAGAUUCCUUCUCGCUCUGACAACUGCACCAGGAUUUUUCGAAAUGAAAUUUCACUUAAAGGGCGAGUAUAGCGAUGAUGUUGUAUUUUGAAGAAAUUAUGAAAUAUGCAUUAGGGUGACCCUUUUUAAUUGUAUGCUUCUAAUAUUUUUUUAUCUCUGUAGUUAGGUCGGUUGAUCGAAAAAAGUUAAACAUCUGAAGGGAAAUUUAUUUUGCAGUUGCACCCCUAUAGAUCGCUAAAUUAAUGGAGGUCAAGUGCAUAUUGUCUCUAGUUUUGUUUAUUGCAAUGAGUUUAUCACGAGUGGAUAAAACUGAAUAAAAAAAUAAAAUCAUAUUUGGCAAGAUGUAGUUGUUUUUCAUUAUCUGCACAAUGGCUGUAGCGGCUGCCGUGACAUAUAAGUAAAGGUUCACACACCUAAUAUGAUGAGAGGUAACAUGCUUGCAUCUUCUGGAAUUUCACUGGUUCCUAUACAGUAUGUCCAAAAAAAAGGUGUCCGUCUGACUAUUUUUGAAAUAAUGAUAAAACCAUGAUGUCA